CUCACGAAUAAAGGCGCGCGUGCAACCUCACUUUUAAACAGCCCCGAACGAGCGCGCGCGAUGCUCGGCGCUGAGAACGACCACGUCUAUCAUCAUCAUCGCUUGUUAUUCCGGUAACUGGACCGCGCUGAUGGCACUGGGGCCGGUUUCUGCCGGUCACCACCACCUGCCCGUGCAUUCAUGCUAAAUGGACGAACGGUGCGGAGUUUUGUUCUCCUCCUCCGCGAGAACUCAACACGAACAAAACGGGCUUUGUGGGUUUCUUCCCGUGAUAAUCCGAUUAUAUUUCUGGGGGAAUCUGAGCGGUGUUUGGGAUUAGACGAUUUCUGGGGUAAAUGCGUUACGGUGCUGCUUGUGUGCUCUUUUUGUUGCACAAGAAUCUGACGUUUUCCUUCAGAAAUCUCGUCUCCAGUGAAAAGUACCUGGUGCGGAAACACUCCGUUGUCCGGUGCUGCUAUGAGUUCCUGGCUGCAUAAAUACUGUAACCUCGUUCUCCGUUGUGCGGUGGUCUUUCUCUCUGUGCUCCACUUUGCAUCCUCUCGUUCCGCUGAUAAGACGUGCAGCUCACCUCUCCUCUUGACGUGUCAAGAAUGCCUGAGCCGUGGACCAGAUUGCGCCUGGUGCUUUCAGAAGAGCUUUCUGGAUGGAGCACACAUUAGCAAGAGGUGUGAUACUGCUGCUCAGCUUAUGCUUAACGGCUGCGAGGAGGAGUUUAUUGAGAAUCCUGGAGUUAAAGUGGAGGUAAACAUGACACUGAGCAGCUCACAAGUGACUCCUCGAGACAUUUCUAUCCAGCUACGACCAGGCAGUGAGGCGAGUUUCAUAGUUGAAGUGAAGCAGUUGGAAUUGUAUCCUGUAGACCUGUACUACCUGGUGGACGUCUCUGCCUCCAUGCAGGAGAACCUGGACCGGCUAAAGACCGUCGGAGUGAACCUGUCCCACCGCAUGAAGGAACAUUCCAGUGAUUUCCAAGUGGGGUUUGGAUCAUUUGUGGACAAGCCAGUCUCUCCGUAUAUUGAUGUACAUCCUUCAAAAAUCAAUAACCCUUGCAGUGAUUAUGAGAUUAAUUGCCGGCCAGCCCACGGCUUUAUCCACGUCCUACCUAUCACAGACAACAUGACAGAGUUCAAGCAUGUGAUUCAGCAGCAGAGGAUCUCCGGAAACAUGGACACACCAGAGGGAGGUUUUGACGCCAUGCUGCAAGCAGCUGUGUGUCAGAAAGACAUUGGCUGGCGACCUGAAGCUAAACACCUGCUGCUGGUUAUGACGGAUCAGCCAUCUCAUCUGGCACUGGAUGGCAAACUGGCGGGCAUCGUGGUGCCUCAUGACGGUCGCUGCCACCUAGAAGAUGGCACUUAUUCUCAAUCUGCUCACAUGGAGCAUCCGACCGUCGGGCAGCUGGCAGAGAAGCUUCUAGAAAACAGCAUUUACUCCAUUUUUGCUGUGAAUCAGAUGCAAUAUAAGUGGUAUGAGGAUUUGGUGGCUUUUCUUCCAGGAACUUACCUGGGGAGGUUACUUCCCAAAGCCUCUAAUCUUACAAACCUAGUAGUGGAUGCAUACAAGAAGCUCCUAUCAGAUGUCGGAGUGGAGGUGGAAGUCGAGGACGGCCAAGCACACAGAUUCUCGGUCAGUGUAACAGCAGUUUGCCCAGGAGGAUCCAAUGCGGCAGGAAGCACCAAAUGCACCAACGUUCAACCUGGACAAAAAGUCUUCUUCAACAUCACAGUGGGAAUGCGAGCAUGCCCGGAAAAGACUGACGCACAGAAAGAACAUGAGCCUGAGGUUAUGUUGGUGGUGAAACCUGUGGGAUUUAAUGAAUCCACGACUGUGCGAGUGCAACAGGCGUGUGUAUGUAGCUGUGGUGGGGCAGGACCUUGCCAUGACAACCCGGAAACUUCCCUUUGUGGGCCCGGAGUCGAUCAAGGGGCUGAGAUGAGUUUGACGGACAGUUGCCGAGAUGUGAAGACAGGACUGAUGUGCAGCGGCAGGGGAACCUGUGUGUGUGGAGCAUGUCUAUGUGACCAGAGUAACCUUGGCACCAUCUACGGAAAGUUCUGUGAGAAGGACGACUUCUCCUGUCCCAACGACAGGGGUCUAAUGUGUGGAGGACAUGGUGAAUGUGUCUCAGGGGAAUGCUCAUGUCAACCUGGCUGGACAGGUGAGAGUUGUGCCUGCCCCCUCUCUGCAGAAAGCUGCACAUCAGCCAAUGGCUUGAUGUGCAGCGGACAAGGAAAGUGUGUAUGCGGCAAGUGUGUGUGCGAUCACCACCGGCGCUCUGGAGCGUUCUGUGAGAAGUGCGCCACCUGCUCCAACUCCUGUCAAUCACACUGGAGUUGUGUGGACUGCCACAUGUCUGAAGGCCUGGCAACAGACGAUACACAACAAUGCAACCGAAGCUGCUCUGCACUGGUGACCUAUGUCGAUGACAUUACUGAGCUGAUCAGAGGGAAGUACUGUCUGUACCACAGCGGGGAGCAGUGCGUUGUCAGGUUCCAUGUGGACAUGGCCUCACACGGACCACAGCUAUGGAUUAGCAGGCAUGCUGAGUGUGUGUCCAGCUACCGGUACUUUAAGACCUUUCUCAGCGUGUUCCUCCUCACAGUGGUCCUGGGUCUGGGAAUCCUGGCUGUAGUGCGUUUGCUGCUCCGUGGCAAGAAAUGGUCUCUAAGGGGACAUGUGAUUGACGACAGCAGCAAGAACCCGUCAUAUGCACCCACCCACAAUGAGAAGACGAUAACCUACAGACGAGACUGUCUCCCUGAGCACCCCAUGGAGCACAUUCACAUUCACAAAAUGCCCCUCCAUGACAUCUUUCCAUGACAGUCAGAGGACAAAAAAGAAAGGAGGCAAACAAGAGCAAUAAGCAAAUGAAUGGCCGUUUGUUUUCCAAAAGCACAUGUUGUGUGUGUGUGUGUGUGUGUGUGUGUGUGUGUGUGUGAGUGUGUGCAGUUUUGAACCUUAUACAGCCUCAGCUAUAAAUUGACAUUCGCCUGUUUUGUGGCUGUGCAGCAGGCAAAGGUACUAAUGAUUUUUAGCAAAGGUUUUUAAAUUGUUAUAUUUAUAAGUUCGGUUUAUCACAAUGUAACACUACAAUUUCUUUCCACACCACUACAUAACAGCCAUAACAGACCUCAAGUUGAAGCCAGUUCAUUUAGGCUGGUGUUAGACUGCCACCUAGUGUAUGAUAAAGACAUGACCAAGAAAUGCUCUGAAUUAGCAUUUGUAGAAGGAACUCCAUAUAGGUAUGGAUCACUAGAUUCCAACUGUGGUCCUGGAGAACCAUUUGUCAGGUAUGUUCUAGUAUUUUCCGUGCUCUGAAACACCCAUUAUGUUGAAAUGUGUCACUAAAUUAUGUUGUGUGUCACUAAAACAUGCUGGACAGGAGGGUUUCUCCAGAACCACAAACCUGUGUAAUACGUGUUAAAUAAAUGUUUGUGACUUCUACGGUUCCUCAUUUAACCGGUCAUAUAGUUACUAUAUGUAAAUAUAUUUACACUAGUUGUAUAGAUCAUUUGAAUCAGAUUUAAAUGUUGAUUAAGUCAUACUUACAAUAAUUACUGCACUUUGUCCAUCUCAGAUAAUAUUUGAGAUUUGAGAUGUGCUGUCAAAACUGGAAUUUUACUGUAUGAGUGUUUUAUGUUGUGUCUGUUUUAUGUUGUGUCUGAGAAAUACAGUAACUUGGGUUACUGUAUUUUUUAAGAGAGUUUGCAAAUGUGAAUUUCCAACCAUGUUGCACUUGUGUGCAUUAAACUACUGAUGUCUAGCGAUGCUCCUUUUUUUCUACGAGCUGAUACAGACCCAAGGUCUGUUGGAUGUUCCACUCUUUGCUUUGCCGUAGACUAGUUUCAUCGCUGUUUACAAUCAAACUUGGUUUCAACACUAAGAUGUUUAUUUAUUGAUUUGAUAUCUUAUUUUUGUUAGAAAUAAAUGCUUUUUACUGAGCAGUAGAAUGUUGGUGUUGAGAUAGAUUUUUUUUUACUUGAGCACAAUGCAGCCAUUGAUAGUCUGUGUGGCAGGCAGUUCACUGAACAAUUGGGCAUUAUUACUGCACUUUUGUUUUCUUGUUGUGUGAUUUGAUUUUACAUGCAUUGUUUCAAUAAAA